UGCGCUUUGUGACUGGUCCGGCGGCUUCUGGGGUCAUGUGUCCCAGGUACCGCCUUACCAUUCACAAAAAGCACCGCUUCUUGCGCAUGCGCACUUGGCACCCGGCUGCCAAGCCCAGCGCCGACACUACAGAAGCCGGGAAGACAGCGCGCCGCUGGAUAGAGGAACAGGUAAGGUCCCGCUGCAGGGCUGAGCGGCCAGCCCGAUAUUCUGACACGGCGGUGGUGGAAAUACCGGACCAGCUGCUCCAUAUUCGCUCCAUAAGACGCACUAAC